AUGAAGCUGUCAAGACCCACUUCGCAUAUCUUAAAGCGAGCCGUGGAGGGUCAAGCUCCCGUCAACUCGGUCAAAGCGCAGCACGCGCAACUCAUCAAACUCCGACUCCAACCAGACCCACACGCAAUGUCCGACGUUAUCAAAUGGUACGCUCUGUCUCCGUCUCAUUUCGACAAAGCCCGUCUCGCCUUCAGCCAAAUCCAGUUCCCGACGAGGCCAGUUUUCAAUCACUUGAUCCGGGGGUUGGCGCUCUAUCAACCUAUGGAUGCGAUUGAAAUGUUCGUCAACCAAAUGUAUCGCCGGGGAAUUGUUGGGGAUACUCUGACGAUGAUCUUCCUGUUCAAGUCGUGCGGUCGUGUUGGGGAUGUCUUGCUUGGUCAAUUGUUUCAUGCCCAUUGUUUGAAACUUGGGUGUGAUUCGGAUUUGUCUGUGUCAAAUGUUUUGAUACAUAUGUAUGGCUAUUUGGGGGAUUGCGUGCCUGCACGCAAGGUGUUCGAUGGAAUGGGGCAGAGAGACUUGGUUUCUUGGAACUCUUUGAUCUGUGCUUAUGCCGAAUGCAAAAGGUUUAAGGAGGUUUUGGGUAUAUUUUAUUUGAUGCAGGGAGCCAAUGUGAAGGCUGAUGCUGUGACAAUGGUCAAAGCCUUAUUGGCUUGUCUUCACUUAGAGGAUCAGCAUACAGCAGAUUUAAUGGUCAAGUACAUUGAACACAACAAAGUAGAUAUUGAUGCUUAUUUAGGCAAUGCUCUGAUUGGUAUGUAUGGCCAGCGUGGCUCAGUGGAUUUAGCUCGGGGAGUUUUUGACAGGAUGCAAGCGAGGAAUACAGUAUCUUGGAAUGCAAUGAUUAGGGCCUAUGUAAAGUCAGGGAACUUGGUUGCUGCUAGGAAAAUUUUCGAGGAUACCCCUAGAAGAGAUGUCAUAUCAUGGACUUCGAUGAUUACAGGGUAUUGUAAAGCUAACCAAUUUUCUGAUGCAGUCAAAACUUUCCAAGAUAUGAUGGGAGCUAAUAUAAAACCUGAUGAGAUCACAGUAGCUAGUGUACUCUCUGCCUGUGCUCACUUGGGCUCUGCUGAUGUUGGGCAGGCAAUUCAUGACUAUGUUCGUCAACACGGCAUAAAAGAAGAUGUCUUUGUAGGUAAUGCCUUAGUAGAUAUGUACUGCAAGUGUGGUGCAGUUGAGAAAGCACUUGAUGUGUUUAAUGGAAUGAAACACAAGGACGGUGUUUCGUGGACAUCUAUCAUUUCUGGGCUAGCUGUCAAUGGUCUUUCUGAUGAUGCAAUUAACAUCUUCUCCAGAAUGCUUAGAGAAGGUAUACAUCCAACUCACGGUACCUUCAUUGGAAUUUUAAUCGCUUGCAAACACUCCGGACAGGUAGAUAAAGGAUUGGAAUAUCUUGAAACCAUGGAGAAGGUCUACGGUCUAAAGCCAGAGAUGAAACAUUAUGGAUGUAUUGUGGAUCUCUUGAGCCGCUCAGGUAACUUAGAGAGAGCUUACGAGUUUAUAAAAACAAUGCCUAUAGUUCCAGAUGUUGUGAUAUGGAGAAUUUUGUUAGGUGCAUGUAUGCUCCAUAGUAAUUUAGGGUUAGCUGAGAUUGUCACGAAGAAGCUCCUCGAGUUGGAUCCUUUCAACAGUGGGAAUUACGUUUUCUUAUCGAACGCUUAUGCAAGUUCAGACAGGUGGGAAGAUGCUGACCAAGUGAGGAAAUUAAUGGGGGAAAGAACUGUGGGGAAGCCUUCUGGUUGGAGCUCCAUUGAAGGGAAUGAUGGAGAUGGGUCUGGUCAUUCUCAUCAUACGGACACUGUAGAUUCUUCUGUAAAAUGA